AUGGAAUCCGGUUCAUUAUAUUACCGACCCAAAAUUUCAGUUGUUUCACAAAAUUCAUUAUAUUUACUACGAUAUUCUGAAAUCGAUGGGAAAAAUCCAUCUUAUAACGCAGAACGAUUACAAAAAUGUUCAAAUUUUAAUAUUUUAUUUUAUAUUGAUAUUCCAACAAUAGAUUAUUAUAAUGAUGAAUUGAAUGAUACGAAAUUAUCAAAAUUUAAUAGAAGAUUUAGAUUAAAUCUUUUUAAAAAAUUGAUUUGGGAUAGUUUUGUCGAUAAUAAUCAAGAGUUUUGGUCACAAUUGGCUACUGUUAAACACGAUUUGAUUAGUUGCACUUUAACAAUAAACACUUCAGGUUCAAUAAGAUACGUGGAAACUAUUAAAUUUUUAAUAGAAACUUUAUUUAAAAAAAUUCAUGAUUUAUCAAACGUUAAAUUGCAUAUCAAUCUUAAUGUCUCAAGUUUAACUUUAAAAUGGUUUAACACUUUCUUAAAUAAUAAUAUAUUGGAAUCAAAAAUCAUUAACUUUAUUCAUUUAGGUUAUCAUCAUUACACUUCCACACAUUCUUUAUUAGAUAAAAAAUCAUUAGUUGAAUCACCAUUUAAGGAUUAUUUUACUAAAUUAAAUAAAAAAUUCCUUGAACAUAAUUCAGUGAACCCACAAAAUAUAGAAUCAAUCGUAAUUAUAGUGAAUAGUACCGGGAUUAAAGCAUUAUUAACCAUUCUUUCAGAUAAACCAUUAACAAAUUUUAUAUCACAAGAUUCUAUUGAUCAAAUAUUCGAUGAUUCAACAAUGACCUUACAAGAAAAUUCUCCAUCACCUCCUCCUCCUCCAUCUCCUCCACAAAUGAUACCCACAACUCCAACAUCGAAGACACAUAAAAGGUCUGAUUCUAAAGAAUCGAUUAAAAGAGAAUCUUUAUCAUUAAUGCAUUUCCAAAAUAAUAUUCUUACUUCAAAUAAAGAUAAAUCGGUUAGAGUAAGAUCACAGUCUAUUAGUACAAAACCUUAUCAUCAUACCAAUAAAGUAAUAUUAAAUUCUAUCCCCAUUAGAAAUUCUUCAUCGAAUACAAAUUUAACCAUACCUUCUAUCAAAGUAUCUCCUUCACCAAAAAUACUUAAUACUCAAAUCGAUAAGAAAUCUCCUUUAGAACAAAAUGAUUCACAUAACGUUACAAAAAUACCAAAAGAUAUAACUUCCGAUCUAGAAAUGAAUAAUAAUGGUGAUAUUGUUGAAGAUGACGAAGACGAAGAUGACGACGAAGAAAAUGACGAAGAUGAAGAAGAUGGUAUUAGUUUUUACGUUCCAAGUCUUCUUUCUAGAACUGCCUCUAGUCAACAUGUACCAGAUAUGGCAAAUGAGAAAAUUCAAAAUGGCUCAUCGUCAAAUUCAUCGUCAUCUUCUACUACUAUGAAGAAGGGAAGAUUCAGAUCUUUAAGUUUAAUGGAUCCAGCUCAAAAGGCACCAUUUAACCAAAAUAAUUUAAUUCCUUUCGGUUCCAUUAGAGAUAAUAUUAGUAGUAGAAGUUUUUCUAAUAUUUAUGUCCAUGAUGGUGAUUUCCAAAACGAUACUUACCCAAAACCAAUUAAGAGAAAAAGAAAAUAUACACUUAAUGGUAAUUUGAAUAAUAUUCCUAAUCCACCUACAGGGCUAAUACCGCCUGAAUUCUAUUCAAAAAUGUCGUCUCCUUCCACUAGUAACAACAGUUCAAAUGCAUCAUUGGUUAAUAUGUUUACCACACCGAAGGGUAAUAACGAUAAUUCAAAUGUGAGUUCCUCUACAGUAAAACUUUUUGAAAAGAGUUUGAUAAAUAAUUCCUUAGAUGAAAUAAGAAAGAUUAAUAAUGACAAUAACUCCUCUAAUGGAACUUUAGGAAAAUCUAACGUAAUAUUUAAUAAUGAUUCAAAUCCAUACAAAUUCCCUCAUAGAAAUGCAUUUGCUUUGAUGUUCAAUAAACCACAGUCGAAUUUCUUGUCAAUGGAUGAGGAGGAUAGAUUGAUGAUGGGUGAGCAUUCAUCCCCAACCCCAAAAUAUGAUGAAAAAACGCAUUUUCUUCCAUCCAAACCGCAAACGACACCAAUAACCAAAGUGUUAUCUACUGAUUUUGACCCUGAGCUAGAACAUGAACAAAAGAGAUAUAGCACACCAGUUCAAAUUGAUACAACUCCAGGAUUCUUGGACUUGAAUUUAUAUGGAGUUGAUGAAAAUGAUACCGAUGGUACUGUAACUAGUUCGACAAAUUACUUAAACGAGAAACAUUUGGGGUCCCAGAUAAACACCAAUCAAGACUCUCAAAGAACAGAAGUUACUGAAGAACCUAAACAAAAUUUGAGCUCUAAAUUUAAGAAGAUAUUAUCAUUCGACCUUUAUGGGGAUAAUGAUAAAGAUGGAGAUAAGUUCUGGAUGUUAGGCCAUAAUUCAUGA